AUGGAUCUGUAUUCGACAGACGGUGCCACCUUCCUCACUAUAAUAGACAAUUUCUCAAAGUUCGCACAAGCAAUACCGUUGAACGCCACUAGUAGUGUACAUAUAGCUGAAGCUUUAUUUCAGGUGUUCUCAGUUUUAGGAAUUCCUUAUAAAAUUACAACGGAUUCAGACAGUAAAUUUGACAAUGAAGUUAUAAAGGAGAUGUGCGCUUUACAUGGUAUAAACAUUCACUUUACGACUCCAUACAAUCCAAAUUCGAAUUCACCCAUAGAACGCUUUCAUUCGACUAUAGGAGAGAUUAUCAGAAUCCAACGAAUGACAAACAAAGAUGAUCCCAUACAAUUAAUUAUGAAAUUUUCAGUCAUUGCUUACAAUAACUCAAUCCAUUCGGCAACAGAAUAUACUCCACACGAGUUACUAUUUGGACAUACAGCUUCUAGAAAUCCACUAGAGUUUUAUUAUCCUAAGCAGUUUUACCAGGACUAUGUUAUCAAGCACAAAAUGCAUGCAGAAGCCGUCCAGGAAUAUGUGUCAGCGCACAUGGCCAAAAACAAGGAACAGGUAAUAGCGAAGCGAAACCAGGCAGCAGAGGAGAUAACAUUCAAGGUAGGUGAAACAGUUUAUAAGCAGGUUGCCAAAACAGCGAGAAACGACAAAACUAAACCGGUGUUUAAAGGACCGUAUAAGAUUAUUCAUUUACAUCCUAAUAAUGUAGCAGAAAUAGUAGGGAAUCAUCCUAAUUCUAAGUCUAUUCGGGUACACUUCAAGCUUCUACGAAGACCCCAUCUUGUUCCAGGACAACCAUCAUCGGAGCCUUCGUGUUCCAGGCAAGAUCCUACGUAA